UAUAUACUUCAAAUAUUUUUCAGUUUCCGGAAGUUCUUUGCAUAAAAUUUAUUUUCAAUAAAUUUUAAUUAAUUAUAAAAAAAAAAUUUAUAAUAUAAUUCUUCAAUUUUUCUUUCUCUCCCUUUCUCUCUUUUUCUUUUCUUUCUUUCUCUGAACUUUAAUAUUUCGUUUAGAAUGGUAGAAAUAAUUAUGUAACCUUGGAAACAAUGAAUUUGACUUUGGAUUGUUAGUGAAUAUAUAGUGAAGUAUCGUAAUUAAAUUUUAACAAAUAGUUAAAAUUUCCAUUUUGAUUGUCACUUAAUGGUUUAAACAUCUAAGUGAAAAAUAUUUAAUUAUAAAAUAAAUAUUUAAUUCUCUAAUAAUACAUAUCAAGAAAUUACAAGAAUCAUGGAUAUCGAGAAAUUACAAGAAUUUAUGGAAUUGGUUGGUCGAUUGAAACAUAUGAAAAGAACAGGAUGGGUUCUUAAAAAUGUUCCUGAUCCAGAAACAAUUGCAGGUCAUAUGUAUAGGAUGGCUAUGUUUUCUUUCUUAGUAGAUAAUGAAAAUUUAGAUAAAGUCAAAAUCAUGCAAAUGGCUUUAAUACAUGAUUUAGCUGAAUGUAUCGUGGGAGAUAUAACACCUUCUUGUGGUAUUCCAUCUGAAAUUAAACAUAAGUUAGAAGAUGAAGCUAUGGAAGAUAUUUGCAAACUUCUUGGAGAUAGAGGACCUAUGAUAUUGGAAAUAUUUCGUGAAUAUGAAAAACAAGAAUCCCCGGAAGCAAAAUAUGUUAAAGAUUUAGACAGAUUAGAUUUAAUUAUGCAAGCAUAUGAAUAUGAAAAGAGGGAUAAUAUUCCUGGAAAAUUAGAAGAAUUUUUUACUACUACAAGCGGCAAAAUAAGGCAUCCUUUUAUUCAAAAAUUAGCAUCUGAAAUUAUUGCAAGAAGACAAGCUUUAUGUUGUAAUUUAACUUCAGUAUAACUGAUUUUGUAUUUAUGUUUAAAAAAAAAAAAAAUCAUCAAUUUCAUUGUUGUAUUUAAUAAUUACAAGAAAAUAUUUAUUUUCACAGAGAAUAAAGAUAUUUGUGAUUUAUAAACACAUGAGUAAGUAAAAAGAAAAUUAGUAUAUUUUACAUAAUAUUUUCUUUAUUUUCUGUGAAAAUAGCGUAUAAAUAAAAUACUAAUGAAAUUAAUUUAAUAAUAAUAUCUGUAGUAAUAUUUAAUAAUAUUUAAUAAUUUUAAAUUUUAUAAUUUCUUUUGCAUAUAUUUGGUUUUUUAAAAUAAUAUUUAAUUCCAUUUUUAUAUAAAUAAACAUCGAUUUUUUAUAAAUGUUGUAAAAAAUUAUUUAAGUUUAUUAUAAUAUUAAGAAGAUAAUUAUUCAUUAAGUUAUUUAUUUUUAAUUAAAAUUACAGAUUAAUUUGUUUGAUUUUAUAAUUUGGAUUAUAAUUAUAAAAUAUUUAAAAAUUAAAUUUAUUAUUGCAUAUUUAUGAAAAUACAAUUUUUAUGCAAAAGUAAUAAAUAUUCAAAGAAAAAAAUUUAA